AUGUCGUUCCUCGGUGGCGCAGAAUGCUCCACGGCGGGAAACCCUCUAACACAAUUCACCAAGCACGUCCAAGAUGACAAGUCGCUCCAGCGAGACCGGCUCGUCGGCCGCGGCCCGGGCAUGCAAGAAGGCAUGCGGUCGCGGGGUAUGAUGGGCGGACAGGACCAGAUGAUGGACGAUUUCAUGCAGCAACAGGGACAACAAAUAAACGGACCUUCGCCGCAGCCCUUCGCCAUGGAGCACAUGCGCCGCGAGCUGGAGAACUUCCAGACCGCCCCGCCUCGCACGGGGUCGCCGGGCUGGGCCGCGGAAUUCGACGGUGGCGAGCAGGCACGCAUGGAGGCUGCGUUCCCCGACCACGGCGACCCCCCGCCUCAGAUGGCGGGGUACCAGCGGCCGAUGGGGAUGGGUGGCUACAUGGGUGGAAUGGGUGGAAUGGGCGGAAUGGGAAUGAUGCGACCUAUGGGUAUGCAGAGUCCUAUGAUGCAGCAGCCGAUGGAGGGCCAGACACAGGAUAAGGGCAAGGGCCGAAUGGUGGAGUUGGAUGAUGAGAACUGGGAGGCGCAGUUUGCGGAGAUGGAGACGGCGGGUAAUGAGACCCGGACGGAUGAGGAGGCCAACGCGGCCAUGGAGGCGGAGCUGAAUGAGCUGGACAGAAAACUGGUUGAGGAAGAAGGUGGUGAUUUUGAAGUUACCGAUAGCGUGCAUGUGGGUGAUCUCGGCGACUGGGAUGGCUUCGACAGUCUCAACACCCGGUUCCGUGACCCCCAGCUGGGCGACUACAUGUUUGAGGAGGACAACGUUUACCAGUCGGUGAAUAACCCCUUCGAGGAGGGUGUCAAGAUCAUGCGUGAGGGUGGUAACCUGUCGCUGGCGGCAUUGGCCUUCGAGGCUGCUGUUCAGAAGGACCCGCAGCAUGUGCGGGCCUGGACGAUGCUGGGUUCUGCGCAGGCGCAGAACGAGAAGGAGUUGCCCGCCAUCCGAGCUUUGGAGCAGGCCCUCAAGAUCGAGCCCGGUAACCUGGACGCAUUGAUGGGCCUGGCGGUCUCAUAUACCAACGAAGGCUACGAUUCGACCGCCUAUCGCACCCUGGAACGCUGGCUGUCGAACAAGUACCCAUCAAUCAUUGACCCGACCGAAAUAUCCGGCGAUGCCGACCUGGGCUUCACAGAUCGACAGCUGCUCCACGACCGCGUGACCGAACUCUUCAUCCGAGCCGCGCAGCUCUCCCCCUCCGGCGCCCAAAUGGACCCUGACGUCCAAGUCGGCCUGGGAGUCCUCUUCUACUGCGCUGAAGAAUAUGAAAAGGCCGUCGAUUGCUUCUCCGCCGCCCUAGCCUCUACCGAAUCCGGCUCCACCAACCAGCAGGAACAACUGCAUCUCCUUUGGAAUCGCCUUGGCGCCACACUCGCCAACUCCGGCCGCUCCGAGGAAGCAAUUGAAGCCUACGAGCAAGCUCUCACAAUCAACCCUAACUUCGUGCGCGCUCGCUACAACCUGGGCGUCUCCUGCAUCAACAUUGGCUGCUACCCCGAAGCCGCACAGCACCUCCUCGGCGCUCUAUCCAUGCACCGCGUCGUCGAAGAAGAAGGCCGCGAACGCGCCAAGGAGAUUAUCGGUGGCGGUGGCGCCCCCGACGGCCUAGACGAUGAGCGUCUGGAGCGGAUGUUGCAUAUCAGCCAGAACCAGAGCACGAAUCUGUAUGACACGCUGCGCCGCGUGUUCAGCCAGAUGGGAAGACGCGAUCUGGCGGAUCAGGUGGUGUCGGGUAUGGAUGUGAAUGUUUUCCGCAAGGAAUUUGAGUUCUAG